AUGCAGAGCAGCAAAGCGCAUUGGCUGCUGCUGCUGUUUUGUGGCUGCGUGUGCAGCUUUAGCAAUUGGCAGCAGCAGAUGGAGCAGGAGCAAACGGAUAAGCUGGCCUAUUGCCGGGCAUUGCAACAGCUACAGCAGGAAUACGAGCUAGAGAAUUGCGAGCAAUUGCUGCAGCAGGAGGCGACGACUGGUGAGCUGCUGAUGGAUUCGCUGCAGCGCUGCUGGUGGGGCUGGGAGCUGCUUGGGCGACGUUGUCGCAAGCGAGCUUAGCGCUAACUUAAUAAUUUAUUUACUUAAAAAUUA